GUGCUAGUCAGUAGUCCAGAAGAAUAAAGCAUCGAGAAUCGACAUGCACAUGCAUGCUUUAUACGAGCGAAGCAGAGCAGAGAUGGAUGCGAGGGCCGCUGCAGGAUCUGCACUGCUCCUAAGCGAUGAUGCAUGCGCACGGCGUCUGUCGCCUGUCAUUUGCAGCACAGCAGCACGGAUUCCAUUCUAUACCCGAGGAUAAGACCGCCAUCGACGCAUCCUCCAGCAGCGUCGUUGAUGCCUCCCCUGCUGGGCUUAUGGAGAUUCGCUAUAUUGCGUGCAGCAAUCCGUGCAUGCAGCGCGCGGUGCCGCCAAUAGUGCGUCCCGCCAGCGCGCCGCCGGUGGAGUCGCCGCCGGCCGCAUCAAAUGGCAUUCCACCACCGAAUCUCAUCACACACGACUCGCUGGGGAGUACCUGCAUGCGCAUCCGCCGCUAGGACGCCCAGCAGCAACGCCGUAUGAUCCGCUGCGUUUGCUCCAGGUCGUCUGAUUCGCUUCGUCCGCUCGACCGCGCCAUCGCUGUCUCUCAUUUGCCCGUCAGCUGAAUCAUGGCGUGGAUGCGUUAUGUGUGGUUGUAUAAUAAUAGCUACAUAUCGAGAUCCCUAUAUCGUACAUGCAUAUUUUGUGGUAGUACAGCAGAGGCAGGAGUGUUUUUCCCUUUUCCCCUUUCCCUUUUCCUUUUCUUCUCCUCCCUUUUGGCCCUCCUCUUUCUUUCCUACCUUUUCUCUUUCUCUUUUCCUUUUUUAAA